AUGGCAGAGCAAGAGACCUAUAUCCUAAUCACCGGCACAAACAGCGGCCUAGGCUUCUCGACAUGCUGCCGAUUAAUAGACGAAUUCCUAGCUUCCCGGCCAGAUAGCCAAUCUCUCACAUUAAUAUUCACUACGCGCAGCGAGAAGAAGAGCAAUGAGACCCUGGUGCAGCUAAAAGGCCACCUGGAGGCGACCACAGCGAAGCUACACAGCCCGGAAGUGGUAGCAAGAGCUAGGUCGCGCAUAAGAUUCACACCCGAACAUGUCGACCUAUGCGAUCUUCUUUCCGUGCGCGCUAUGGCUAGACGGAUUGCGACAUCCAUACCCAAACUCGAUGUUCUGAUACUCAACGCUGGAGUCGCGGGCUUCACAGGCCUCAAUUGGCCAAUGGCGGUAUGGACGAUCCUCACGGACACAGUGCAUGGGCUCACAUGGCCGGCCGCAUAUACGUAUAGCGACACGGGGGUGAUGAACAGGAAACAGACUACACAGCCCGAUGAGCCGCCAAUGGGUAAAAUUUUCUGCGCCAAUGUGUUUGGUCAUUAUAUGUUGGCACACUAUCUAGUUUCGGUGCUGGAGAAGUCAACGCCGUAUCCUGGGCGUGUUAUAUGGACGUCAAGUCUCGAGGCGGCAAAGGACGUAUUCAGCGUCAAUGAUAUGCAGGGCUUGAAGGUUGCACAGUCAUACCAGUCAGGAAAGUACUUGACGGAUAUUCUAGCGCUCACAUAUCCGCUUUCUUCUUCCGCACCUUGGGUAGAUAACUAUCUUGCCCCUUCAUCGUGUGAUGGUAUGGGUGCCAGUACCAAGCCAUCUACUAGCACAAGCAGGCCGAAUAUAUACCUUGCUCAUCCGGGAAUAUGUUCCACCUCUAUCGUUCCCCUUGCUCUACCAUUAGUCUGGAGUAUGAUGUUGGUAUGCUGGGCGGCACGACUGAUUGGUUCACCCUGGCAUGUUAUCACCUCAUACCGUGGCGCCAACACAGCUGUCUGGCUCAGUCUAUCACCUCAAUCAACUCUAGACAACGCAGAGGCAGAAUACAAACGCCUAGGUGGUGGCAAGGCGAAGUGGGGUUCUUCUUGUGACAGGCUAGGGAAAGAGAGUGUCGCUUCUACAGAGGUUGAGGGAUGGGGUUAUGGAGGCGUUGCCGGGCCAGCUGUGUUGGAAGCUGACAAGUCCCGAAGACGGAAGCGUGGUGCCGUGGAUACUACUGUAGAGGCGAAGGAAGAGUUUAUAGGGUUGGGCCGGGAGUGUUGGAGGCAUAUGGAGGAGUUAAGGGAGAAAUGGGAAGUUAUUCUUUCAAGGGAGGAGGCUAAGAGUGGUGGUUCUUGA